AUUGGUAGCGCUUGUAGGGUCACUGGUAAAGCGAAUUCUGGGUAAAAUAACGUGUAUCAUAUCGUACCGUUGCUGUAAAAUUUUAUCGGUAAGUUCACGAAAAAAAACGAUUACACGAUAAGAACGGAGUACUGGAAUCAAUUUAAGUAACUUCCUUGUAUUUUCGAAUCGAUUUGUAUUAAGAUCAACUAUUUCCUUAUGCUUUGGAUAUCGAAUAUUUCUCCUCGAUACUAGCUGCUAAUCGAGUAUCGUUUACAGUCUUGUAUCUACGUGUCUGCGCGAGUGUAGGAGAAGACGAUUCUAUAUUACGCAUCUCCGUUUUAAUACUAUUGUUCAUUUUCUUCGAUUUUAGUUACACAGUAACUGUUAAGGCCGAUUAAAAAUGAUUGACCUUACGGUAAAGACUUUGGAUUCACAAAAUCAUGCUUUCUCCUUGGAAGACGAUGUAAGUAUUCCUUUUGCCAUUUUUACAGAGCAGUAUUUUUCUUUCCUGUGUUUAUAAUUAACAUUAUUGUCGAUUCUAAUGUUCUUAAUAGGGUGCCUCAUGAGUAUUUAUGUACUUGUUCGUAUUUUUAUUUUUACAUAUUGUAUAUUCUAGAAAUAAUUAUUAUAGAUACGAUUUUUUUUUUUCUUUGAGCAUAUGCACUAAUUACUCUAUCCUUGUGGAGCAAUAUUUAUUCUUGGUACUUUUGUGAUUAUUUUUAUGAUUUAUCAUUUGUACAAGUAAUAUACAGUCUUUCAAUUCUUACAUUGAUUUUUUUGACAAUUUCAGUAUGUAUUAUUAGAUUGAAAUAAAUUGUUGUAUAAUAAAUAUAAUUAUAGCACUAGCAGUAUUAUAGUAUCUUCUUUAUAUCAUAUUUUUAAUGUAAAAAACAUUUUACUAUUAUUGCUAGAAAUAAUUAGAAAUAUUAAGCAUGAUGCAACAGAGCUGAUUAAUGUGAAAUAAUUAAUACGAAAUACUCCUUUUUAUAUAAUUAUGCAAAGACAGUAAUUUUUGAUGGAUUUGGAACUGUCACUAUAAAAUGUUUCUGUGACAAUUAAAAGAUAAUUGCGUUUAUCUAAAAGAAAACGAAUGACUUGGAUUUUUUGUAUAGCAAAUUACAGUUCGAGGUUUCAAAGAAUAUAUAGCAGAAACAGUGGCAGUACCAGCAGAUUCACAAAGACUUAUUUAUUGUGGUAGAGUUCUGCAAGAUGAGAAAAAAUUAAAUGAUUAUGAUGUUAAUGGGAAAGUUAUACAUUUGGUACAACGUGCACCACCGCAACCUGGUCAACGUGGAAAUGAUGGAGGUCAAAGUCAAGGUCAGAAUCAUGGAUCACAAGCGUGGCAAAAUCCACAAAGAACACAUUACCGACUCACUCGUGCUCAAAUGCAUGGUAAUGCUAUGUAUUUGGGUGCAAUGUCAGUACCAGCUGAAAUUGUGGAAGGACAUGGACUACCAGUACCUCAGUUCAGCAACAGUCUGUCUAAUGGUCGAUUAAUUGCUGCAAGACACAUGCUUGAACGCGCGAAUCGCCUUAUGGAUCGACUUGAAAGUCCCUCUCAAUCUGCUAAUCUUUCCGCAGCUGAAAAUAAUCGACCGCCAUUAAGUCAAUUGAUGCAGGAGUCGGAAUUAGAUGCAGAACAAUAUAAUAACGAAACCACAACAAAUGGUGGCGCCCGAUUGGCAGAGGCCGCUGCAGCUGCAAUAGCAGCUGCCUUAUCUGCAGCUGGUGCAAAUAAUGUUACAUUACUUAGAGGAAAUAAUGAUGAAAACACUGAAUCAAGACCAGCAAAUGAGACUAAUGAAGAAAAUCAAUCAGAUACACAGCAGCCACAACAAUCACAACAACCACAAUCCGAACAGCAAGGUUCUACAUCAAGUAAUGAUGAACAAUCUAAUCGACGAUCAUCACAACAACUUCCACGCCCUCCACAAUUGGCAGAAUUAUUGGACCUAUUAAUUGAUACACAAUCUCGUUUACGACCUCAUACAGAACGUUAUUGCAAACUUAUGCGUGAUGAUCCUGUAUUAAGUUCGGAAGGAAGACGUGUUGAAGAAACUCAGACAUUUGUAAAUGGUGUAAGCGAAUGUUUACACUAUAUGUCACACGCUUGUCAUGCUUUAAGCGAUAUAAUUGUCGAUAUGAGUCAACAGCCACCCAGGAACUUGCGAUGUAGACCGAUCAUUAUUCAACAUUCAGCUAUUUUACAGCCGGGUAUACCAAUCCAGGUAGAGGCACAUAUUAGUUUACAUGGCCGUAAUGCAAAUAAUAACAAUGGUAAUGAAGAAAAUGGAGAAUCUGCAAGUACACCUACUCAAUUGGAAACAAAUGAAGUUAAUACUGAUGAGGUCAAUCAACAACAAGAAUCAGAAUCUGGUACUCAACAACAAGCUGAACAACAACAAUCACCAUUAGAUUCGACACAGUCUCCAUUUGGUACAGUGUUUAACUUACCCAAUAAUGUUGAAGUAUUGAUGGAAGUUAGUCCUGAAGGUAACAUAGAUACUCCACCUGGAAAUGAACAGCCUCAAGCUGGUGAAAAUAAUAAUAAUAGCAACAAUAACAACAAUAAUAGCGGAAGAAUAGAUGGUACUACUGGUGCAUUUUCCUGGGGUUCAGCUCCUCCUCCUGAUUUCAUACGAAAUUUGAUGCAUGCUGUUGCUGGUCACAUGGUACAAGGUGGUCCAGCUAACACAAGAAUUAUAACUCGAAACCCUCUAACAGUUAGUCAAUUAACUGUUGCAUCAACUGAUAGUGGAAACACAAAUGCCGGGCAAAGUACACAAGCACGAAGCAAUGUUGGUACUCAUCCCACUACAGCAACACAAACUAGAAGUACAUCGCGUCCACAUGUAUUUCAUCAACAAACUCAUCCUUUAGGUGUUGGGAUGAGUAUAGGACAAGCAUUCGACUUCGAUCCAUUCCUUUCUUGUAAUUCACAUCAUGUCCGUCGCACAUCGACUACAACUUCUAGUACUAUUACAUCUACGUCACAAGGAACACGAACAAACCAAACUAUGUCUGAAACACAAUCCCAAGCACAAACAGCGACAACUUCGAGUGCCACUAGCAAUACCAGCUCUACAAAUACUACAGCAUCAACGACAUCACAAACAAAUCCAAUCUACGAUCCAUUAAUGUACUUACAACAACAAAUUUUAGGAGGACUGGUAAUUCUGCUGGAGGGGAUCUAACUCUUGCGGAUUUAUUAGAACGCAGAGGUAUUCAAAUGAGUCUUUUUACAUCUCAAGAUUCUGAAACUGCAGAAAAUUUCCUCGUAAAUUUAUCUGUACUAGUGGUACAAAAUAUGACAUUAGAAGGAUUAAUAAGAUUACGAAUUGGUCAAUCAGAACCAAUUUCCCAUCUUAGAAGACCAUUACAAGAUUUCUUCCAAUAUUCUUUCCCAAAUGUUGCACCGGAGACACUUCAGGAACAAGCUACUGAACGAUUGUUAUCACAAUUAAGACCACAUUUCCAGGCUUUAUUAAAUACAGAAGAAGAAACUAAUAGUAGAAACGGUCAGCAUGUAGAUAUUUGUGCUACUGUUGAAGCUUUGCUUCGCCGUCAUAUUAAAGAUAUACUACAACAUCUGUUUAAUAAUGAUAUUGAUGAUGCUAGAUUCGGACAGGAAAUUUUCAACACCGUGAAUAAUAUGGGUAGACAAUUAUGUGCAGUACUUCGAUAUUCUAUUCGUGGUGGACAGGCAGGAUUAGAAGUAAUUGCAUCACGUUUUGUGACCGAAAUGUUAGAGGGUAUUCAUCCUACAGUACGUCGAUGGAUGCUAAACGCAUUCAUUGUUCAGUUUCGUACUUAUUCUUUACGAGUUACACAACCUCCAGAUUCAGAAAUUAUUCCACUUUUAAUAUAUAAAGAUGCACCUUCUGAAGCAGCAUCGGUUCCAUCAGCCCCAACACAUCAACCUUCACAACCACAAUCCGAACCUAUGGAGACAGAAAUUGUACAAGAAAGGACAACUUUCGAAGCAUCGUCUCUACCAGAGGAUAGGGAGGAAAUUCCAGAAACGUUCCCAGGUCAUGAAGCAUUGCCUUCAGAUUGGGUACCAAUAAUUGCUCGCGAUGGAUUAAGGCAACGACGCCAAUUACAAAUGCAAGGAAUAACAAACGGUGGUGUAGCAACACUUAGUGAUGCUUACUUAGGUACACUACCCACUAAACGGCGCAAACUUAUUGAACAGCAAAAGCCACGAUUAUUAGUUAGUCCUACUCCCAAUCAUUCAGCAAUAGCAGCAUCUAUGGAACGUUUAGUGAGAGAAGGUGUAACUCGGGCAGGUGUCGAAGAAGUAGAAGGUGCUGCGAUUGCUGUAGCUGUAGAUCCCGGUGUUAGACGUGCAUUUGGUCAAGCAAUUAGAGAUUGCUUGAAUCCACAUAGACUGGGAACACCAGACUUUCCAGAUCCUUUGCGUUUUCCUAAUGCAACAAAAUAUUUUGCUGACCAAGAUAGGCCACCAAAAUAAUAAUUACAAAGAGAAAACAAUUCGUAAUGGCUUAGAGUAUUUAUAAAGGAGAAACCAGGUAGUGUUUAAACAAAGUGAGAAAUUGCAAUGACCAAGGAAUACAAAAAUAUAUUCGUAACAUAUAAUCACAAAUGCUAUUAACUCUUAUUAUUGUAUAUGUGAAUUUAAUGCAAAUAUUUUCAAAUAUCGUGCAUUAUACUAUUUGUUUAAUCGACAUAGCUUGUAGUUUUACAAAAAGUACUACUGACUUUUUAAUAUAUAAAUAUGUUAAAUAAUUAUACGUUACAUAUACGUUAUUGAAAAUAGCGAAAUUUGGCUACACUUGCUCUCUCCCAUUAUACUCUAAGCAUCGAGUGACCCCAAUCUGAUACUAUAAUUAAAGUACUACUUUCGUAUUAAACUGCGUUUUCUGUAGAGUUAUUGUUAUGCAAAUGAAUGUAUUCUUAAUCAAAUGACACCUAGGUAUACAGAUUGUAAUGUAUUAUCUUGCGACCUAUGCAUAUUGUGGGGUAUUUUGAGUGUUGUCGAUAUUAAAAUGUCCUUUUAAUAACGAUGAUGCUACCAAUCAAUAUUAUAUAUCUUAUAAUCCAAUAUUUGAUUUGUGAGAAAAGGAAACCAAGUAUGGAGUCAUCUGUGGUGAUAGCUGAGCAAAAGAAAAUUGACGAAAUGCGAUUUAAUACCUUUCAUUAUAAUCAUGAAUUAUCUAAGACUAUAGUUUGUACACAAGCUUUGUUGAAUAAUACGUUAUAAACCAGUAAUAUGUUUUUUUGUAAUUUAUGUAGAUAAUUUCGAUUGCGAUGCGUUAUACUAAAUAAUUCAGAAGCAGACAUUUUAUACGAAUGAAGGUACUGUAUUUUAAUUCUGAUAAUCUAUACAAAAAAAUGAUUUUAACCUUGCACCGAGAUUUCAUCAGUUUUAAUCAAAAAAUCAAGUAGCCUAAUGCAAAAGAAAGAUAAUUCCAAAUUAUACAUUUGUAUUAAUGUUAAGGGAUAAUCGUAUAUGAAUAUUUGAUAGAUAGUAUAUAAUGUUAAUAAAGUAAUUGAAAUAAUUUCAUGUGAAUAUGAUUUUGAAUUGAAAAGUCUACGUCAUUCAAUUGACAUCAAUAAUAUCAUGACUAGGAUAAAAAUAAUUCGAC